AUGUCAUUACCUCCAGAGCGCAUCAGCGUGAAGCGCAGGAGACAGGAGGAACCUGUCGAGGCACUAUACCUCGAACACGGGAAUGGCCCAGACAAAAAGCGGAGAGUCACGGAAUUCUACUUUAAACGCGUCCAGCCCAAUGUGAUUGCCCCCGUUUCUCAGCGAGUCACCAGCCCUCAAGCGGUGUGGUCAGAGCCUCCUGCUCCUGGCAUUCCUCCAAUUCGUCUCAGCUCACCGAACGAUCUGAAGAAAGAUCCAAAGGAGGCCCGGGAAUCCCUCGCUGAAGAAGAUGGUGCAGCACAAGAGAACCGUGGGAAAGCGUCUGAGAACAACACCGCGGAUACCGGUAGCGGUUCGGCUCCAGACUCACCUGCCCCAAGUCAAGCACUCCAGCAAACACGCCGUUUCCACCUCACUCGUCACCUUUCAUCAGUGCUUAGUCCAAGCGCUUCUGGUGGGAUUCGCAAACCCAAGAACUUCAUUCGCCCCCCUCUCGCUACCUUUGUUGAAAGACACGCUCCCAUCUUCAGCCACGAGCAGAAUCCGCUGUAUCGUCAAAAACCCGUUGAUAAGGUGCUGGAAAUCCAACGAGAUGACGGGGCAAGGGUUUCAGAAUCGGACGGAGUCACAGAACCGACCCUGGAAGACUUGAAGGCAUCUAGGCGAAGCACGACGAGUACGUUUGUUCAGGCAGGCUCCCGAACAGCCAGGAACGGGACUUCUAUCAGAGACCAUCCAAGCACUUGGGAUUUCGAAUCUGAUCAGCUUGCGGAUGAAUUGGCCGCCCUUGCGAUGGAACUCGAUCCGGACGUGCAGCAAGCGGCCGAAGUGGUGCUUCCUUCGCCACCUCCCUUAAAACCCCAGGAUGUCAUAAUGACUGCUCGUACCCAAGAGGAGGAAUAUGUCUACGAAACUUAUGUCCGGGUGGAGUACGAUGCUCAGGUCCAUGGUCCAGACACUACUACAAGUCUGCACUCCAAUUAUGGAAUCCUCGUCAUUGACGAAGAAGACGAGGACCUCUGGCAAAAAUACAUCGAUAGUGACGACGACACUGAUUGGGACGAAGAGGACUCAAAUGCUGAGGAUAAUCCCGCAAAUGACUACCCGGAAGAAGAAGUCAGUUCAGACGAUGAGUACGGGUAUAACCCGUACAAAUAUCGUACCUAUGGAUCUGACCAAGAGGACUUCGGCGAUGAUCAUGCUUUUCGAUAA